GCUUGAAUGCUGUUAUAGUGGCACUCUAACCAAAAGUAACGGAAGAGGCAAGUUUGUGGAUAUUUUGAAGUUGUUGGAAUAUUCGACUCAAUUACUGUUCGAGGAUUUAUAUAAUCUUGAAUGAAAUCCCUCAUUGAUCUAAGCGCCAGGCUAGUAAUGAGCGUAAGAAGUAUAUAUAAUCUGUGUCGGUUGGCUGUUCAACCAACAUUUCGAGGGUUCUUGAAAUCGGCCAGAAACCCGGAACUCAGCAUAACUAGACGAAUUCAAAAUACAGGUUUAAGAGCCGGAGCAACAGCAGCUUUUGCUGCGGAUGAAGAUAAUACAACUAUCAUGAGAACCUUCCCUACGUCGCACCAUUCCUUGAAAGUUGGCUUCCAAGAUAAUUUGGCUUGCAACUUUUAUUACAUAUGGCUCAGAGACAACUGUCAGUGUAGCAGCUGCAUUCAUUCUGAAAGUAAACAAAAGAUGGUUGACACUGUCAGCCUUGACCUUAACAUAAAACCAGAAUCAUAUUAUGUAACAGAUAGUGGGAAAUUGAAGGUCAUUUGGCCUGACGGACAUGUUAGUUUGUACGAUCCUGACUGGUUGCAUAAGCACGGUAACGACUUUGAACUGGAUAGCUAUGACACUGUUCAUGACAAUUUGCCGCCAUUGACAACAUGGAAUAGAGAAGUAAUACGAGAUUUGAAACCGGAAAUUAGUUAUAAAGAAGUUAUGGAGACUGAAGAAGGUUUAAAGAAAUGGUUGACAAUGAUGUACAAAUAUGGUAUUGCAAUAAUGAAAGAUGUGCCUUGCCAAAAAGGAGAAGUUGUAAAAGUCAUGGAACGCUUCGCAUACGUGAAAAAAACUAAAUGGGGUUCAUCGUUUGAUGUCAUUUGUGAGCCUGUACAAAAUGAUCCUAAACAUCUAGCUUAUACUGGAAUGUAUUUGGAGUUGCACACUGAUAUGAAUUACUUGGAAAAGAGUCCAGGUAUACAGGCUCUUCAUUGCCUGAAAGCAAACCCAGCUGGUGAUGGAGACAGCAUUGGAGGACAGUCGUUUUUCGUCGAUGGUUUCUACAUAGCUAAAUGGCUUAGAAAAGAACAUCCAUCUUCAUUCCACACUCUUACUUCAACCCUGGUUGAAUUUAAAAUACACAGCCACAAUAUGGAAUACAGCAAUCAUCAGUAUGUCUUGUGUGCUAGUAAAAGUGGGCACCUGAAAGAAGUGCAUUACAAUACUCGGACAAUGGCUCCUUUGAGAGGUCCAGCUGAUGCCGUGCAGCCCUUUUAUGAAGCAUAUAAGCUAUUAGGACAAAAAAUGCGGGAACCUGAAUCUCAGUUUGCUUUCAACUUAGUUCCUGGCGAUUUAGUAGCUUUCAACAACAGAAGAAUUCUUCAUGGAAGAACAAGUUUUGAUCCUCGAAGAAUGUCUCGGCAUUUGGAAGGUUGUUAUGGAGAUAUAGAUGAAAUCAUAACUCGCUGCAAAUCAUUCCUAAAGUUGGACUCUCGUAAAUAAUUCUUUAUGGGAUAGUAUAGUAUUUUACAACUUAACGAUACAUUUGUUAUGACAAACAUUUGAAUCUACCUGUACAUAUUGUAAAAAACUGCUUUUAAUAUUUUGAUUGCAUAAACUUUAAAUUAUAAUA